AUGCCUUGUUUUCCAUUUGCGGCAAAGACCACAACGUACAGUAUUUAUGUUGUUCCUCUGCUUGCAGCAACCGCAUGCGGAUAUAUCGUCUAUUACGUGCACAAAGAUGCAUCAGCCGCUCUGGAGAAACGAGACAUGCGGAAUCGCUAUCUCCCAACAGUAGUCGACCAGAUUGCUCGGGACGCCACGAGUUCCGUGCCAACAGAAGGACUAGAGCUUCAACCGGAAGAGUUGGGCCAGCUACGAUUCCUCAUCAACGUUGCCAACCAGGGGAUGGAUGAUUGGAACAACUUCACAGAUAUUGACCAAUUCCAAACUUCGGCUCUCCGCUACCAGCUGAACGAGCUGAGUUACUCGCUGUCAUUCGCAAACAAACUCUACACGCCCUCAUUCCGCGGAGGCUACCUUCAAGAAGCGCAGAAUAAAGUGAUACUCAAGUCCUGCCAGAAGAAGGUCCUCAAUUAUUGGAAAUGGGAAGUUCUGUGGGGGAAGCUUUCAACCAAUUUCCACCCAUAUCGCGUGGACAAUAUCAUGCUCACGGGGAUUCUCCUGCUUGCAUUGGCAAUGUAUGAAGGGGCCACCGGCGAUGACUGUUUCUCCAAAGACGGCGCCCUGGAACUUGUCAUCGACGAUACUCACAAAUACAAAGUCUCAUCUGGUAUAUUGGUGGACGCCCUGAUGAGUAACUUUCGAAAAUCUCAAUACUGCCUUUAUGCUUGUGAAGCAAGCAUGAAUGCGUUGGUUGCGAACGACGCCAACAAGGGGACGUCGUUUGCCGAGGAGAUCAAACAGCAGUUUCGCGAAGCUUUCAUCGAUGAUUUCAUGGCAGCCGAUGGCAGCGUCCAUCCCAUACGAUCACAUUUGACAGGAUUUCGUAUUCCCGGCUUAGUAGGAGCCAUGAACGACUUUUCAGUCUGCUGCUUGUCUGGCGCGGUUCUUCCCGACAUUGCUCUGCGCGCAUAUGCCAUUUGCCGCAAGGAGUAUAUGGAAGUGGACGAAAAAGGGAACAUGAAGUUCAAAGGGCUCCAAGGCGCCGACUUUAUCGAUCCCGGUAACUACAAGGGGUCCAAGGCCGCAUUGUACGGGACAAGUCUGCUCGCUGCCCGAGAGCUCGGGGACAAAGUUGCCGCGGAUGCGAUUUUGAAACUGAUCGACGCGAAUGCAGAUUUUCAACGGACCGAGAAAGACGGUGUCGUUUGGUACGACAACGUCUCUUUGCUGAUGAAGGGACAGAUAUUCCGUGGGCGCAUCAACACAAUAAAAGGCUAUGUGAGAGCCAUCACCCAGCCGAUGAGUGACGCUGUCAAGAACGGGCCAUAUCUCAGCGACGUCAAAUACCCCGAAGUUCUGGUUGCAAAGGCAAUCUCCCGUACCGGAACGGACCUCGACCUCGUUCUAUACCCAGGAGCCGAGAAAAGGGAUGUGUCGUUACCAAUCAAGCAGCUGAAACCGAACACCACUUACACAUUUGAUCACGGCAGGGAGUUUGUCUCCGACUUCCAGGGCGAGGCCACACUUUCCGUGACUCUCAAUGGCAGGACGGUUGUCAAAUUCGCCCAGUCGUAA